CACGCAUUCACCGUCGAGUCAGACUUUCUUUCCUUUCUUAAGCCAUCUACGGAAAGUCUUUGAACUCGAUAUUCGACAUCGAGAAGACUUCAACAUCAUCUGAACAUUGUCAAUUGCUAAAUUCAGAUUCCCUCGACUUUCUCAUUCUCUCAUUACUUUCGCAAUGGCUUCCCUUCGUGCUGCAGCACGGUUGCGCCCUAUUGCCUCCCGAGUCACUCCCUUCCAAGCGCAACGAAAUUAUGCGGCAGUAGCAGCAGUCAAGACCUCUGAGCCAUCUGGCGAGCAACCAUUCUUCCCAGAUGAGCCAGCUGGACCUACUGUCAAGACUGCCAUUCCUGGUCCCCAGAGCAAAAAGGCAAUUGAGGAAUUGCAUAAGGUUUUCGACACUCGAAGCUUGAACAUGCUUGCCGACUACCAAAAGAGCUAUGGAAACUACAUUGCCGACCCAGACGGAAAUGUGCUAUUGGAUGUCUAUGCACAGAUUGCCUCCAUCCCAGUUGGUUACAGCAACCCCGCCCUUCAUAAAGCCGCUCUCUCAGAGCAAAUGGCGUCGGCCCUCAUCAACCGCCCAGCACUUGGAAACUUCCCAUCUCAUGACUGGGCGGAUAUCCUCAAGACUGGUAUCCUGAAGGUAGCACCAAAGGGUCUCGACCAAGUUUUUACUGCUAUGGCUGGCUCAGAUGCCAACGAAACUGCAUACAAAGCUGCUUUUAUGUGGCGUCGACAACACGAGCGAGGAGGAGCUCACGUUGAGUUUUCUGAGGAAGACAUCACAUCUAGCAUGUUGAAUCAAUCUCCUGGCGCUCCCCAACUCUCCAUCCUCUCCUUCAAGACUGCCUUCCACGGCCGUCUCUUCGGCUCCCUAUCCACCACCCGGUCGAAGCCCAUCCACAAACUCGACAUCCCCGCCUUCGACUGGCCCCAAGCCACGUUCCCCCUCCUCAAAUACCCACUCGAAGAACACAUCCAAGAAAACCAAAAAGCCGAACAGGAAGCUCUCGCAGACGUCGAGCGCCUCAUCACAACCCACCACCUCCCUCCCUGCGCCGUAGUAAUCGAACCCAUCCAAUCCGAAGGCGGCGACAACCACGCCUCACCUGCCUUCUUCCGCGGUCUGCGCACCCUCACCAAGAAACACAACGUCCUCCUCAUCGUCGACGAAGUCCAAACCGGCGUCGGCGCCACCGGUAAAUUCUGGGCACACGAGCACUGGGGCCUCGAGUCUCCUCCCGACAUGGUUACCUUCUCCAAGAAAGCCCAGACAGCAGGCUACUAUUUCGGGAACCCCGAACUCAGACCCAACAAGCCGUACCGCCAAUUCAACACCUGGAUGGGCGACCCUGCCCGCGCUCUCCUGUUCCGCGCCAUUAUCGAAGAAAUCGAGCGUCUCGACCUUGUGAAUCACACUGCGCAAGUGGGCAAUUACCUCUUUAACGAGAUUGAGAAAUUGGCAAGCAAGUAUCCGGGCGAGUUUAUGAAUCUGAGAGGCAAGGGACAGGGAACGUUUAUUGCGUUCGAUAGCCCGCGACGAGAUGAGUUCUUGAAGAAGGCCAAGAGCGUGGGUGUUAAUAUUGGUGGUUCGGGCGAGAGGGCCGUGAGGUUGCGGCCCAUGUUGAUUUUCCAGAAGCAUCAUGCGGAUAUUUUGCUGGAUGCUUUGGAGAAGAUCGUUAAGUCGUGAGAGAAAAUGGGAUUUGGGAGUAGGUCUUUUGCCCAAUUUAAGGGCUGGCGAGAUGAGAUGUUGCCUUUCAGCGAGUUAAUGAUCAUAAUUUUCACGUCUUACUUUGAAGUGCAUUGCGGUGAGGUAGGUAGGUGUU